AUGAUUACGGAAUGGCUGAACGGCGAGCGUGAGAUCGACCGCAUCCUCAUCUUGGCCCACACAUGGAAACGCUCUUGGGCCUCGCCGUUUCUAAGCACGGGGUUGCCCUAUCUUGUGGCAGAUUUGGCUGACGGGUUGCCGGGUUGCUUCAAGAUUUGCGCCAGCACGUGGCUGAUCCGGCGCAACGAGACGAGCCGUGACGGGCUUGUGAUCAGCGUGCAGCCCAGUCUUUUCGCGCUGUGCCGUUGUGACUAUCGGGAGAGACGGGAGCGGAGGUUUGGAGAAAGUCUGCUGCACUCCAAGGCCUACGCUACGCUCCUAGAAGCAUACGAGGAAGUGUGGUGCUGUAGUAGAUGCGACGAGUAUACUCUAAACGAGAGAAUGCGAUUGGAAAGGGAGGCGCGCAAUUACCUCCACGAAUAUGGUGCUUUGCCGCGCCGCGUAGCCGUCUGCGAUUUCACCAUCUGCGCGUCGCUGUGCUUCGAUUAUGAUUGGGAAUGGCUGAACGGCGAGCGUGAGAUCGAUCGCAUCCUCAUCUUGGCCCAGGCAUGGAAACGCUCUUGGCCCUCGUCGUUUCGAAGCACGGGGUUGCCCUACCUUGUGGCAGAUUUGGCUGACGGGUUGCCGGGUUGCUUCAAGAUUUGCGCCAGCACUUGGCUGAUCCGGCGCAAUGAGACGAGCCGUGACGGGCUUGUGAUCAGCGUGCAGACGAGUCUUUUCGCGCUGUGCCGUUGUGAUUAUCGGGAGAGACGGGAGCGCAGUUUUGAAGAAAGUCUGCUGCACUCCAAGGCCUACGCUAUCCUGCUAGAAGCACACGAGAACCUGUGGGGGAAAGGCUAUGGUAGAUGCGACGAGUAUACUCUAAACAAGAGAAUGCGAUUGGAAAGGGAGGCGCGCAAUUACCUCCACGAAUAUGGUGCUUUGCCGCGCCGCGUAGCCGUCUGCGAUUUCACCAUCUGCGCGUCGCUGUGCUUCGACUAUGAUUGGGACUGGUUUCGCACCCAGCGGCGCGUCUGGAGAUUGCUCGAAUCGUACAGGACCGGAGAAGCCCAUAAUUUCUUUGGCUGGGACGAU